AGGUAAUUGAAAAUGAGAUUUCAAGAUAAUGCUUGAAAAAACGGGGAAAGAAAAUAUCAUCCCCAUGGCUACUGGUCCUCUCUCCUCCCUGCUUUCUUCUCAUUGGUGUUUCCUUCUUCUUGGAUUCCAGAGCUUGUUUUAUUUCUCAGCAGCCGUUCCACAGUGAGGUGGCUUCAAUUCCCCAUUGGAAAUCUGAAUGAAGCUGCAGUUUGCUCAGGAAGGGAAGAAAGAAAAGUUUAGAUGUGGCUUUAGCAGCACAUCUUCUGAUUUCUUCAGGCACAAAGAAGAUGUGUUUGCUGACAUCAUACUUCACCUGAAAAGGAAAAGAAAAUCCGUUAAAGACAGAAGUGUGGAAAUAUGACUUGAAUUUUCCAACAGGGCUAUCACAGUGUAAUGUUUACUGCUACAGAUGCAGAAUGACUGCUUCGGGCUUAUUGCCCUAUGCCUCCCACCAAAGGGACUAAGGGCCAAAUGGAGGUGGUCUCUUUGACAUUGAUACAAGUAGAAAAAGGCAUCCAGGAUGGAAAUCCAGUACACAACCAUUGCAACCUGCACCUGUAUUCCUCCCUGGACCUAUGAUGUUCAUAUUCUACAGACCUCAUAAAGGAUUCUUCAAUGCUGUAAGUACUAAUGUCAGAUCUGCUCAAACAGAGCAUGAUGAAGAACAAGCAUAAAGAUUGAAUCCUAUUAAUCAUGGGCUUGGGAUGCUCCAAGCAAAAUAUCUUCUAAAUAAUUAUGGUCAAAAAAUAGGCUUUGCAUACUAAAUUAUGUCCAUGGUUUUAGGAUUCCUUUAUAAUGGAGAAACCCACUCAGCAUCCUAGUGAGGGUUUGUUUAAUCAAACUAUUGCAAACAGCAGCAACUCACCGUUUUCACACUUUGAUUCAUGUCAGCCUUCUUUCCCUGCAGUCUUCUUGUUCAUCACGGCUUAUACUGUCGUGACAAUAGUGGGGCUUUUUGGAAACCUUUGCCUGAUUGUUAUAAUAAAAAGACAGAAAGAAGCUCAAAAUGUUACAAAUAUUCUGAUUGCCAAUCUCUCCUUAUCCGAUGUCUUGAUAUGCAUCAUGUGCAUUCCUGUCACAGUUGCAUACACGUUGAUGGACUAUUGGAUAUUUGGCGAGGCUAUGUGUAAAAUCAGCUCUUUUGUACAAAGUAUGUCUGUCACAGUCUCCAUAUUCUCACUUGUAUUAAUUGCUGUCGAGAGACACCAGUUAAUAGUGAAUCCACGUGGCUGGAAGCCAAAUAUGUUACACGCUUACUGGGGAAUUAUCUUCAUCUGGGGGGUUUCCCUUAUCAUAUCCAUUCCUUUUUUUAUAUUCCACCAACUAUCUGAUGAACCCUUUAAGAAUCUCUCUUACCAAAGCGAUUUCUACAUGAACAAAGUUGUUUGCAUUGAAGCAUGGCCAUCAGUUGCAGAGCGACUGGUCUUUACCACCAGUCUGCUGGUUUUCCAGUAUUGCUUCCCACUGGGCUUUAUUUUUAUCUGCUAUCUCAAGAUAUUUGUAUGUCUCCGGCGGAGACAUGGUAAAGUGGAUGGGAUGAGGGAGAAUGAGAGCAGACUAAAUGAGAGCAAAAGGAUUAAUAUCAUGCUCAUUUCAAUUGUCGUGACCUUUGCAGCUUGCUGGUUGCCUCUAAACAUAUUUAAUGUCAUUUUUGACUGGAACUAUGAGGCCCUGAUGAACUGCCACCAUAACUUAGUGUUCACAUUGUGCCACCUGGUAGCCAUGCUCUCAACAUGUAUCAAUCCUAUCUUUUAUGGAUUUCUCAACAAGAAUUUCCAGAAGGAUUUAAUAGUGUUAAUUCACCACUGCAGAUGCUUCACAUCUCAGGAGGAAUAUGAGAACAUUGCCCUUUCAACCCUGAACACUGAUGUAUCCAAGGUGUCCUUGAAAUUAAAUAAUGCCCCUGUGAAUAGCUAAAAUAAUCCAGCAUGACAGUCUCCAAAACUCUGUAUUUAUUGUGAAUUUACUGAUUCUGGUUGAUUCUUUCAUAGGAUUAUAAAGAUCUUGAGCUGUUCCCACUAAUGCCAGAGAGAGUCUUUGCCGUUUAGUUCAGUGGGAGCAGCUAAACUUAUCGUGUAAACUGUUCCUUGUACAUAACAUUAUUGCUUAUUAAUUCUAGUAAAUCACCCCCCAGAAAUCCUUUACAGUCAACACUGUGAAAUACCAGCAGUAUUAGCAUAUCAUUUUUAAGCACAUGAUUUCACUAUCAAUGACUGCCUCCCUCAGAAAUUUUCCAGCUCAGUGAUACAUGUGACAUUCCCUGGGUAAAAUGCUCUCUUCUGCUUCCCCAGGAUAAUCCAUCCAUUCCAAGGUGCCCCCAAAUCCACCAGUCCCUCCUCUGCCCUGCCCUCUAGCCUUGUGCCUCUCGACCCCGCCAUGUUUUCCCUUCACCUCAUAGAGGCUACUUCAGAUGGCCCAUCCACAUGGCAGCUGUCCCUCACAAUGGUGGUAGGUGCAGCCCUUGUUGGUAGCAGUAGUGGCAGGCAGGAUGUCCUGCAGCUUCUGGCUAGGAGUGGCUGGUCCAGUAGGAAGCAGGUCCCCCUGCUGGAUAGCAGUUUGGGGAAGGGGUUCCCUUUUGGUUUUUGAUGCAAGUGGUCUACCUUAAUUAAUGGAUAGGGUUGGGUUUCAUGGCUGAUGUAUGCAUGGGUAGGGGUGGCAAAUUAGAACCAGGUAUCCCAGGCUGCUGAACUAGGAGCUAGGUCAGGCGAUGGGAUUUCUCUGGGUAGAAAUGGCAGGUCAGGGACAAGGUGGGAAGGAACCCAGAUUUUCAGAUUCAGAUCUAGGGCUGGGCAGGUAGGCAUUGCGAGGGGAGGUGGGGAAGCAGCCAGCAGCAGCCCCUGAACUUCCACUCGGUACAGCAACAGCUUGGCCUGCCUCUUCUCUUUUCCUCCUUGUGCAAUGCUGAAGCAGCAGCAGCAACGAUUGGGAGUGCAGGCAUUAUGUGGUGUGUGCUCCAUUGGCUCUGAGCAAUGCUUGUGGGGGGAGAAACAGGAGAGGAGCUCUCGUUGGAGCAGAUCCCACAGCACUGGUGGAAGCACCUGCCACAAGAUGGCUGUCAGAGGCUGCAGCUGCCAGCACAGUCCCAGUGCUGAAAACGCUGACAACCAGAGCUGGCCUUAGCAUUUUCAAGUUCUGUUCUACGCAGGCUCUUAUACCACUCUCAUCACUGAGUGUGAGAGCCUUCCAUUCGUGCUUUAGUCAAUGUGACUACACGUCUCUCUAAGUUGGCCUGUGAAACAAUUUUUAGUUAUCCCUCCACCCACCAGUACCUGACUCCUGUAUCUUGUUAUUACAGCAGUGUGGGCACAGAUGGAGGAAUGGUUUUCUGAGGGGUUAGGAAGAUCAUUCUUUGGGAUAUGUCCUUAACUCACUUAUUUUACGUAAAAAGUGAGUCUGGGGGAAGCUUCGUUAGGGUCUCUCAACCCUCUCUCUGCUUCUCGCUUUCAGCCCUAGCAAGUACUUUCCUUUGUUUUAUAUGCACUUGUGCUGGUUUGCAGUUUCCAGACUUUGUUCACAAUUAAAAGAGCUAGAGACUUAAUUUUUGUUUUUAAAUGAAAGUUGAGAUGGGCUCCAAAUGAGCCCCUACAAGUGCCAUCCAGCUCACCAGCAUUCAAGAUGAAAAAUGCAUAUAGCAUUUCUCUUAUUUGUAUUGUAUUCUCCUCUCUUCCUCCAGCACAAACUGUAGGCGUCUGUUAUAAACACCACUACUUCUGAAAACAGGCUCUUUAGAACAGCUAUUAUCAAACCGACUAUGAAUUCAUAAUUACUCAUUGGCUUCAGCUACUUAUACAGAUGAAAACAUGUUUGCCUUUGGAUAGAAAAUUUGUUUUGUGCUUUAGUUUCAGAAAUAUCCUCCCCCAUCCCUGUGUGUUAGUAAGCAAUAAUGCAAAAAGGUGCCUGGGUAAGAUAGGGUAUUUUUUGUUUGCCAUGUAUAUCCUGUUCAGACUGGCUUUUGCUACAGUGCAGUGCAUGGAAGACUAAAGCUGUAAAAUUAAUGUUUUGUAAUUAAAACAUACUGUUAAUUGUUUUAAAAGUUAAGACAUACUGAAUAUACUCUCUAGCCACCUCUAUGGUGCCAUCAUUGACUCAUUUAGGAAUGUCCGAGUGGCAAUAAUUAGAGAGUUUAAAUGGGGACAGCUAAAAUGCUUAAGACUAAUAUGCACCAGCACAUUUCUCCAUUUUCCUUUUCCUGUUUGGAUUAUUUUUGUAUAAGCUUUCCCUACCACUCUGGCUAGUUAGCACAGAUAUGUAUAUGUCAGAAAAGGCUCUCUUCCUCAUUGAUCAAUAGCUCUAAGUACAGUGACCUCUAAAUGCUAUAUAUAUUAUCUCAAUCUCUCAAUGGCAACUGAUUGUGAUGUCAUAAACACAGAAUUAAGUUUCACAGCAGGAUGUACCUGAGAGUGACUUUUUUUAAUCUCAAAUUAAAAAAAAAAAAUUGAGAGAUUUCCAGACUUAUCUUGAUCCAGCUGUCACCAGGCAUAUUUAUGCCUUUGUCACUUUCUAGACUGACUAUGGUUAUUUACUAUAAUUUAGGCAGUCUGAACCCCAUUAAAAAAAACCUCCAAUUAUUCUAUGACUGACAGUCUUAAUUACUGUACUAAUCCAAGAAGCAUCACCCUCAUUUUUAGCCACAAGAGAAGUUCAUAAUAAUUUUCAAAACUAUUUUUUUAAAACAUCCCAAACUACUACGUGACUUUCAUCAUUCUGGCUUGACAUGGCUAAUAAUCUGAUCUUUUAUUCACCUAUACGCCAGCUCACAUUUUAAGUCCCUAUGAACAGGGAUAUUAAGUUUCUCCAGCUAUAGACUGAAGAUUGUAAAGGACAGAGUAUUUCAGGGUUCAGAGUGUCCCAGGGCAAAAAGUGUGAAUACAAGUUCCAAAACAGUUUAUGUACAGUUUGGUUCUCUGAAGACUUGCAGAUUAUCUGAGGUAUGCCUACCCUAGCCCUAUCUGAGGGUCUGUCUACACUAGAAAUGCUACAGCUGUGCUGUUGUAGUGUAGACACUUACUAUAAUGAGGAAGGGGUUCUUCCGUCACUAUAGUAAAUCCACUUCUUCAAGAGAUUCUUCCAUUGACCUAGUGUUGUCUGCACUGGGGUUUAGGUUGGCUUAACUAGGUAUCUCAGGGGUGUGAUGCAGCUAGGUCAACCUGACCUCUUCGUGUAGACCAGCCCUGAGUUCUGUAGACUAGAGCACAAUAUGUCUUAUAAAGCAUCUUUUAAAGUGCGCUCAUGAAAUCUCUUGGAAUACUGUAUGCAUUUUUCAAAUCCACACGGGCAGUGGGAGCUCUGCCUGAGCUAAGAGUGCAGGACUGGGCCCUAUAUUGUUGUAAACCAUUAAUUCUUCUCCGAUAACAGUAGGCAUUUAAAUAUGAUUUAAUAACUAAGGAUGUUUCUGCACUUUAAAACACUACAGCAGCACAGGGACAGUGCGAGUGCAGAUAUUUAGUGCAGCGGCAGGAGGGAUUCUCCCAUUGCUGUAGGUAAUUCACCUCGCCAAGAGGCAGUAGCAGCUAGGACGAUGGAAGACUCGAGCUGACUACAUCGGGGGUAGGUCGACUUACCUACAUCUCUCAAGGAUGUCGAUUUUUCACAUCCCAAAAGACAUGUAGCUAUGUCAAUAUAAAGUUUCAGUAUAGACCAGCCCUGAGUUUUAGGAGUUGCCAAAUAACCUUUAGCUAUUUCAAUACUGACAUAAACAUGCCUUGUGAUUGGGUUGAUUCCUAAAACUGUAACUAUUUAUCAUGUUGUCCGGCUUGAGUGAAAAGAAUUUACAUCCAAAUUGUAACUUGCUCCCUAGUGUAUACACCUCUACCCCACUAUAACGUGAUCCGAUAUAACACGGGUUCGCAUAUAGCGCAG